AUGCCUCCUCCGGGCCCGAAUGAGACAGACUGGAUCGUCCAGGUCAAUGAAAGCCUCGACCUCGAGCUCCCGCCUUCUGGCCAGCAACAGUACUGGGGGAAGCGAUCCAUCUACAAGGUCCGCUCCUGCAUUGCUGACCUCAACCGCAAGGCCUACCAGCCGCAGGUUGUCUCCUUCGGCCCCUUCCACCACGGCGAGGAGCACCUACUCCCCAUGGAGGAACACAAGCGCCGCGCGCUCUGUCGCUUCCUCAAGCGGUCCGGGAAGCGCCUCGAGCCCUUCCUCGAUUCCCUGAGGGAGGUGGCGCAGGUCCUUGAGGAAAGCUACGAUGCACUGGACCCAACGUGGAAGGUGGGCAGCAGCGAGGGAGCGGCGGACCAGUUCCUGAAGGUGAUGAUCACUGACGGCUGCUUCAUGCUCGAGAUCCUGAGGAGUGAGACACAGGUGGACGGCUAUGCGGUCAACGACCCCAUCUUCAGCGACCAUGGGAGGCUCCACAUAUGGCCUUACAUAGUGCGGGACAUGCUGAUGCUGGAGAAUCAGCUACCAUUGCUAGUGCUGGAUCGGCUGGUCACCGUCGAGGGGGGCGGCGAGAAGGGUGACGAAUUCAUCAACGGUCUCAUCCUCGACUUCUGCAACCCCUCCGGCACGCUCAGCAACAACAUUGGCAAAUGCCUACACGUCCUGGACGUCUAUAGAAAGAGCCUGCUGUUCCCAAAGGAGAAGCCCGAGAAAAAGGUCAAGUCCAAUGAGGUCCCACCCGAGCUGUGCGGGGAGACGACCUGGUCGGCCACCAAGCUCCACGAGCAUGGGAUCCGAUUAAGGAAGAGCGGGACCAGCGGCCUCGAGGAUGUCUCCUUUGACAGCGGAGUCCUGAGGCUCCCCUCGAUCGAAGUGGACGACGCCACCGAGUCUGCAUUCCUCAACCUUAUCGCAUUCGAGCACUUCCAUGUCGGGGCCGGGAAUGAGGUCACGUCCUACAUCUGCCUCAUGGACAACAUCAUUGAUAAAGGGCAGGACGUCACACUGCUCCAAGCCAAGGGCAUCAUCGAGAAUCACAUGGAGAGCGAUGAGGCGGCAGCCAAGCUGUUCAACUCUCUGGCCAACUGUGUGAUGCUCGACGGCAACAGCAGUCUUCGAGACGUGAUCAACAGGGUCAGAGAGUACUGCAAGAAGAGGAGGCACAAGUGGAGGGCUAAUCUUAUCCACACCUACUUCAGGAAUCCUUGGGUUAUAUUGUCUCUCAUCGCCGCCGUUCUCCUCUUCGCGCUCACCAUAAUUCAGACCGUAUAUUCUGCGCUCAGCGACAACAAAUGA